UAGUUCUUAGUUCCAAAUUCCUUCACUAGUUUCCUUUUCCGUUUGUCAACGCUUGACAGUAGACAGAAAAAUGCCUUCUGUGACACUUAAAGACGUCGAUCAACACAAAUUUGUGAAAGCCUUUGCUAUCUUCCUAAAAAAGAGUGGUAAACUACGUGUGCCUGAAUGGAUCGACAUCGUAAAAACCUCCCGUGCUAAAGAAUUAGCACCCUAUGAUCCCGAUUGGUACUAUGUCAGGUGUGCCGCUAUUGCCAGACAUAUUUACAUUCGUUCCCCCGUUGGAGUAGGCUCCGUUACCAAAAUUUUUGGUAGUCGCAAACGCAAUGGCACCAAACCCUCUCAUUUCUGCAGGUCAGCCGGGAGCAUUGCUCGCAAGUCCUUACAGAGUCUAGAAGCCCUGAAGCUUAUUGAAAAGUCUCCCGAUGGCGGAAGGAAGCUUACCCAACAAGGUAGGAGGGACUUGGAUCGUAUCGCGGCUCAAGUGAAAGCUAAGGAGCGUAAAGCACUUAAGGCUUCAGCAAUUCUGACUCUGUAAAUGUAUUAACUUUAAUUAAAAAUUUUAAUAUUUC